GUCUACGUGUGUUUUGGUUCUUUUAUUCUUCUUUUACUAUAAACCAUUGGCUCAUCAUCCCAUCCAUAGACCAUGUCCAUCCUCUAUAACCCCUCAACCAACGAGCCCUAUAUCCGACUCGCCGCCCCUCAUGGCAACAUCAUACUCACCCCCUUUCGCCAACCUAGCCCAAGCGACGAAGCGGCCCUCGUCAAAAACAUGAACGACCCACUCGUGGCAACUUGGCUCCUUGGGCCGCCAUUCCCGUACACCUUGGAAGAUGCAAGGUCUUGGACCGCCAUGCACUACAAGUACGAGCUGCAAGCUGCGCGGCUGGGCACGCAGGAGCCUAUGGACGAGUGUCCCUUCCAGUGUAUCCGGGAGAUUAUGGAGGAGGGGCAGGAUGGUGCCAUUGAGGAGGAUGCCCUCAUUGGGGCAAUUGAUAUCGCCCGGUAUCAGUUUCUGGACUUACCCGAAGGUAGCAGGGAGAGGGCGGAUGCUGUUGAAAGGAAUUCGAUGCGGCGGGCUGGGGAUCGGGAGAUUGUUUGGACGGUUGGGGACUGGUUGGCUCCAUCUCAUCAUGGCCGUGGGAUCAUGACAGCUGCUAUGAAGACGCUUAUCUAUGGAUGGGUCGUCCCUCGCAUGAAUGCCAGGUAUAUCAGAAGCACUGCCUUUGUCGGAAACCAUGGAAGCGUAAGGGUCUUUGAGAAGCUUGGAUUCCGGGUUACGCAUGUCCUGAAGGAUUGGGUCGAGUUGCCCGCCUCUCGUGGCGGUGGACGUCGGUCGUUGAACUGUCUUGCCCUGGAUCUGGUGGAUUAGGUCUACCUACCUUUCUUUUUGCCCCGUUUUCUUCUUCGUUUCUGGCUAGCUGGUGAGCAGCAUUUUUGUGUACCUAGCUCGUGUAUAAUACUCGUUCCUCGUCAUGCAUCAUUGGUGGCCGUGCCAAAUGGCUAU